AUGGCCCCACUGCCGUCGUCCCGAGUCUCCCCUUCUCGAGCCUUUGUCUGCACUGGGGUGGACAACGCCAGCCCUUUCCAUGUAAUCUCUGCCAGAGGACGAGAAGUCUGGACCACGAAAGGCUACAUUGCCGUUUUUGUGUGCCUAACCACCAAGGCCCUGCACCUGGAGCUGGUCGGCGAUCUCUCAGUUGCGUCCUUCUUGGGCGCCCUUCAACAAUUCGCUGGACGCCGCGGUCAGCCCAGCGAGAUAUCGAGCGACAACGUGACUUGCUUCUGCCGCACUGAUGUCGAGCUGCGCGAUGCCUUGCUGACAGCCCAGCUGGACUGGGGAUUGGUCGCGGGCUCUCUCGCCGAUCAUGGAAUUGCUUGA